AUGACGAAGUGGAUUCUCCCAAGCGAAGUAGCAUUACAUAAUACUUCAACAGAUUGCUGGGUUUCCUUCCUUGGAAAAGUUUGGGAUUUGACCAAACUCAUUGCUGAUAAUAAGAACGAUUUGGGCAUUCAGCCAAUUAUUAAAUCUGCCGGAACAGAUAUUUCUCAUUGGUUCAACCCAGAUACAAAGGACAUCAAAACAAGAAUUGAUCCUGUUACUGAAUUAGAAGUUCCACACGUUCCUUUCGAUUGCUUAUUGCAUCUUCCGAACCCAACACCAAACACAACAGAAAUUCCUGUAGCCAAGCCAUGGUGGAAGGAUGAAUCACAGAUUAUUGGCCAAUUAUCUAAGAAUCCUAGAUAUAUUAGAAUUGUAAAUACACUGACAUCAAAGGAAGAUCUUAUUGAAGUUGCCGGCGAGGAAACAUUAAAUGAUAUCCUCGAGCGCUUUAAGGCAAUUAACUCUCACGCAGACAGCUACACAUGGAAAUUCCAAGGAAACGUACUUAAAAUGGAAAAGACACUUGAACAAAACGGAAUUCAUGAUGAAUCUGCUAAAUUUGCUCGCCUUGGUCUUGACUUUGAUAUGUAUAUCCCUGCAAUUCUCAUCUACUUUAACGAUGAUCUUACUGCUGCAUAA